AUGAGAAUCUGCUCAGGAGAAAUGGAAAACCUACUGAAGCUAUGUCUCUUUCUUCUCUGCUUUGAAACUGCUUUCACUGUACAGUGUAUACUUUGUCCGAAUUACAAAGAUGGGGAGUGUGUUCAUGGGGUUCGGACAUGUACUACACAACCUGGUGAAGCUUGCAUGAUCCGCAGAUCGUGGGGAGAAGGUGGAAUUAGGAAUCUACUAAGUGCUGAGUCCGGGUGCAUGAAAUCCUGCAAACUGGAUGAAAAAAUUUCUGGAACUUUAACAGUACAUACAUACUGCUGUGAUUAUGAAGAUUUCUGCAAUGACAUCAAGUAUCCAAUUAUGUUGCCUUAG